AUGAGCUCUUAUCUAAAAUCCCUUACUGAGUACCAGUUUUUAACCCGUUCUCGAACUUAAAGAGAAAAUAUCAGCAUUUCAAUUGCCAGGAUGAAACUACAGCAUCUAGAAACACCCGCUGACUUCAAUCCAUUAAAAUUCUUCCCUGAGCAGUCCUAAAUUAUAGUUCAGCCUAAAUUAGAUCUCUUACAACCAUCUUCGAACUCAAGAAACAGUAAUUAGAGCUCUGAGUUAUCCGAUCUUUUGAUAGUAAGCCCUGCUUUGAGGAGUGAAUCAUGCGACAGAAAGAAGGUGAAAGACAGACUGAUGGGGCUUAAGAGUCCUAAGAUAAAUUAGCAAGAAAUCGCUCUCAAUUAUUUGUAAUAAAUUGGAAAACAAAUUAAGUAAAGUUACAAAUCAGCGCUAAAUAAAAAGAAAGUGCUCUGCCUGAGUCCUUAAAUUCAAUCCUAAAAGAAAUAACAGUAUUUCGAUUAGUAGUACUGUUUGUCAGAGUAGAAGUCAGCUUUAUGCCACGGUGAUAAUAUAUCAUAAAAUUUGAGUUAUGAUGGGGAUCUUUUGGAAUCCUCCUUUUUUUCAAAUAAUGGGCAAGAUAUAAAAGUAGUGCAGACGACGUCAUCUAUACUUAAACUCCAGCAUUGUGGACUACUAAAUGACCAGCAAGAACAUUUAACCGAUCUCAAUUAAAGCAUGGAGGACAAUGAGUCUCAAGUUUCUUAAAAUUCAGCACCCAUUCGGCGGGUUAAGGCUGUGAACAGAAAGAUAAAUGACUCUAUUAGUGGGUGUUCCGAAACCUCAUCAGAAAAUCUUCAAGCGACCCAAUCUAACAGUCCAGAUUCCUAGAGAUUCUCCAAUUAACCUAGGAAGUCUAUUAGCAGUAAAAAGAUCCUGCCAAAGUCAGCGAUGAAAGCACUAAGUGUUAAACUCUCUGAACUGGCGAAUUUCAAAGAUUUUGAAUAUAGAAAAUCUUUGGACCUGUCUGAUGGGGUAUUCAGUAAUACUAAUAACUAUAAUAUUUUCCAAGAACAAAAAGAGGAUAUUGAUUACUUUUAAAGCUAAAAGUAAACUCACAAUGGUAGAACUACUUCUUUCUUCAAGUCUUAUAAACAAGCGAGUAUCUCACCAGAGAAGCAAGGCUAUGUCAAGGAGCAACCCCUAGAAAAACUGAUUUAGCAACAAUAAAAGGGUUUUAAAGGAAUUAGAGAGAAUUUGCUGAAUUUAGUGAAGGACUUAGAUUCGGUAUAGGUAGUAAAUAAUCUCAAUAAUUAAUCCUAUGAAAAAGUUCAAUCCUUCAAGAUUCAUCUUAAGAAAACAACUAAAUGA